UGUAAUUUUUUUUUUGCCCGAUCACAUCCGCGAACGUAGGCCGCCGGUGUAUCAUAUCACAACGUUCUUUUUUUUGCCAACGUCUAGAGAAACGUUGAAAAAAAAAACACUGUAACAAACAAAAAUCAUUAUCUCUCGGGAGCGGUACGUUCGUGGGCUGUCCGCAUUGGAUUUCUAGAGUUUUCCAAAAAGUGUGCUGUAACACAAACACAGCGCAUUGUCAUGACCACCGCGACGGUUCUGGUUACAACACGAGGCCGCAAAGUCGUUAUACGCCAGUACGCCGUGUAUGGCGUGCUAGUCUAUCCUUGGAACCGUCGCGUUUUCCUAGACGUUUUUCAUUUCUUUCCACCUAUUUCCUUCUGUUUCGACUCCCCCCAUCAUUCUCCGAUACCCCCCUCGACGGCCAUCGGCACCGUAACCUCCCACGCGAGAAAAAUUCUAUUACAAUAACGGCCGUUACGCGUAACGCUAUUUGAGUGUUUAGUGUAGUGUGUUCGUCCGUCGUGCUCGGUUGGCCGUCGGCACCCGUUCGGUCAAACAGUACAACUGUCGAUCACGUGUGUUUAUAUACUAGUGUUGUUGUUAUUAUUAUUAUUUAUCUGUCGUCUUGGAUUAUUUUUUUGUGAAACAAGUUUUAUUUUUUUUUAAACAAAAUUUUAUUUUAUAUUUUUCUCUAUUGAUACUAUCGUUAUUAAUUUUCGUGUUUUAUUUCACAUUAGUCUUCACGACGUCGGCCCCGAGCAAUUAUUAUGCUAACGUCUGUUGUUCGUUCGGCGAAAACAGCUGCUGCAUUACUUUAUUGUUCUUGGACACCCGACGACGAUUUCGGGUGAAAUAAAUAUUUACUAGUUAGUUGUUAUUUGCCAUUAUACAUCGUCGUAGAAAUGGCCGCCAUUGUUGUGCAACAACAGCGGCAGCGUCAACAGCAGCAAAUGGAAGUGUGUGCUCAAAACUCGCCAGGCUGUUCGGACGGCGAACAGUGUGGUGACACAGGUGAAAACCUGCACCUGAUAAAGCGCAAAAGAAGCGUCGCCAAGGGGCUCGGAGUGGAUCAGCCCGUGUGCCCGAUCGUGACGGAAGACUCGGCCAACAACAACAAGUCACUGUACACCGACUUGGACGAGUACGUUUACGACGCCCAAUGCCGGCGCAGUCUGGAACCCGAACCGCAGGACGUAUACGCCGAGCUGAGGCAGAGGGAGCGCGAUUUGCGUUUGGCCGCCGAGCUGGGAAAAGCUCUGCUGGAGAAAAACGACGAGUUGUCCAAGCGUAACGAACGGUUGGCCGAAGAGUUCAGUGAAAAACUCGAGGAAAUAGAACAAGAUAGACAUUCACUAAAAAGGCGGUUAGUCAAUGCUCAAACCGAAUCUGACGCCAAACUAUUGGAACUGCAAGCUGACGUUAGAGACUUACAAGCAGCAGUAUCUCAAAGAGAACGACAGCUCAGACAGACUGAAAAAGAAAAGGCUCGUUUGGUUUCCGAGCUGACAGAACAGAACCAUCGCCUUCAAACCCAAAUCAAAGAGCUAUCUAAAACUGAACACGAUCUUCAAGCUCAAUGUCGACAACUGCAAGAUCAAUGUUCCCAGAGAAAAUGGUCACUACACGACCAUCAGUCAAGUCUAGAUGUACUCCGAGAAGAGAUACAAUUUACUGCAGAGAAAAAACAAGAACUAGAAAGAAGAGUACAUGCAAUACAAGCUGAUCGAGAUCAAAUAGCUGUAGCUUUGGAAGAAGCCUUGGACAGAGUUCGAUCAGUAGAACGCGAGUGUCGUGAAUAUGAAAUCAAGCAUCAUUCACUCAGAAAGCAACUUGACGAAUUACAUAGGGCCAACUGUGUGUUAUCGUCGAAGCUACAUGACGCUAAAAAAUGUCAAAACGGAGGCGAUUCACUGGUGGGACCUUUGUCGUUGCAAAUGGAAAUGGACCAGGCCGAAGGUCGAGUCACUGCAGCCCCAGUGAUUUCCUCCGAACAAAGUCCUUCCCAUGAAGAGUCUGUCACGGGACAGCUGUUACGUCUAUGCGGACAAUUGGAAAUAACCGGUGAAAACGCGGACAACGAUGAGCAACGGCAAUCGUUGAAAGAAGCAGUGCGUCGAUUGAAUAAGGCGUUAGGCGUUGGUGGUUACAAUGUUUCCAAUCAGUCGACAGAAGAAGAAACCGCUGUGGAUUUAAAUAGGACCAGAGAAGAGGCGGAUCGGUUGCGGGAUAAACUUAAUUUGGUCCAAACGGAAUUGAGGGGCCGUAACGAGCACAUCAACCAGUUGACCUCCGAGCUUUCUGUGAGGGAUACCGAAUUACAAACUGCCAGAGAAGAAAGAGAUUUCGCUCUUAAGGAUAAACAGGCAGUUUUAGAGAACAACAAGGUUGAAGACAUAGUCAAGGCAGCUUGGGAAGCCAGAGACGGUGCCGUGGCUAGAAAAAAUGCCGCCCAAGUUCAGUUGGCUAGAACACGUAUAGACGUAUUGCAGGCCAAUGGUCAACUGAUGGAAGCUAUACGGCAGAAAGUCGAGCUCAGUCAGCAGUUGGAACAAUGGCAGAUGGACAUGCAAGCAUUGUUAGAUGAUCAAAUGAGACGAAAAUUGCUCGGGAUUCAACAUUCAAACUGCCCUAAUGGAGGGAGUGGUCAAUCGAUGGGUAGUCAACAGCAAGACUAUUGUAUGAGCUAUUCGUCCAUUGACUUCUUGGGCAACGGCGAUCACGACGGUAAUGGAGCUGAAAAUAAAAGAACGUCCUCAACAUCUCUGAGGUCGUUGAGUUCCUUCGCUGGUUGGGGUAGUGGCGGAGAUGGCAACAGCAGCGGUAGAAGACUUUUCGCCGGGCUAUUCCAACCAUCAUCCUCCACCAACUCUACCAGAUGACGAUGGCGAUAAUCAUAUUUCUAUAGUUACCUAUAGCUUUUUGCUUUUUUAUAUCAAAUUCUGAUAUUAGAGAAUAUUUUAUUGACGUUAGUGAUCAUGAACAAAUUUUUUUUGUAAUGCACAUCAUGUUUAUUAGUAAAUAGCACUUAGUCUAUAUAUUUUUAUACUUUAAUUAUAUUUUAACAUGUAUGUAUUGAUUAAUUACCACGUUAAAGUAUAUAAAGUUGUAUAUUUUUGUUCUAUUAAUUAAACGUUGAAUUUGUCAAUAUCCAGUCAUACGAUUUAUCAAACGUUAUCUAAGUACUAUAAAACUAUUUUUUUCAAAAUAUAUUAACUAUAUUUUAUUUUAUAUUUAAAGGAAAUAUUUUAUUGUACAUUAAAUUUGUACGUUUUAU